AAUACUGUGUUUGGUUUGAAGUAAAAAGUAGGGAAAGACGGAAAAGAUAGAGAAAUCUUUACUUGUUUAAGUUUCCCUUCCUUUCCUGCCUUUUACUUCAAACGAAACAUAGCCUAUGUUGUUUUCUGAUUUCAUGGAGUGAGGGAGUGCCAAAGCCAAACGCUAUCUGAUCUCAGUUUGUCUGCCGGCGAAACUGGACAUUCUUCUCCAGCAUACCUCCACUUCGAUGGAAAAGUCUUCACUGGAAAWCUCCCUUUCUUUCUCAUAUUCUUUUUCCCCACUCCACUCACAAGCCAUACACAAACACUCUCUUCUCCCAUACAAUAAAUCCUCUCGGCGCCCAGCUUCAUCCUUGUCCCUCGCCACCGGAUCCUGCAGGGCUUCUACGACGUCGCUGACGGUGGCCAUGGCCAGUGCUGGUGAAGAGUCACAAAGGGGAUUGCUUGCCUGCGCCUAUUCCAAUCAUCACUCCAAAAGCAUAUAUGCCACCUGUCCUGAGGAAUAGGAGAAACAGCAAGAAAGAGCAAAGCAGAGGCAGGGAGCAAUAAUAGAGAUGCAAGAUGGUCUUUAAAGGGAAUGACAGCUUUGGUUACUGGAGGAACCAGAGUCAUGCCAUUGUGGAAGAGUUAGCUGGACUAGGGGCGAUUGUACAUACAUGUUCUCGAAAUGAAGAUGAGCUCAAUUGUUGCUUGGGAGAUUGGAUGACCAAGGGUUUCCAAGUCACCGAAUCAGUCUGUGAUGUAUCAGCCCAACUACAACGAAAGGAUCUGAUGGAAACUGUCUCUUCUGUUUUCAGUGGCAAGCUGAACAUCCUUAUAAACAAUGCUGGAACAAAUAUAAGGAAACCAACCAUAGAGUACACAGCUGAAGAAUUUUCCACUAUCAUCACUACAAACUUUGAGUCUGCUUUCCAUCUUUCCCAACUUGCAUAUCCUCUUUUGAAAUCAUCUGGAAAAGGAAGCGUCGUAUUCAUAUCCUCUGUGGCUGGUUUGGUAGCACUUGGUAUUGGGACUGCUUCUGCAGCAUGCAAAGGAGCAAUUAACCAGCUUACAAGAGACUUGGCAUGUGAGUGGGCAAAGGACAAUAUUAGAACAAAUGCUGUUGCACCUUGGUAUAUCAAAACCUCACUCGUGGAACAUGUGCUCAAGAACAAAGAACUUUUGGAAAAAAUCACCUAUCGCACUCCUCUUCAGCGCCCUGGAGAGCCCAAAGAGGUCUCAUCUCUAGUGGCAUUCCUUUGCCUACCUGCUUCCUCUUACAUUACAGGCCAGGUUAUUCCUGUUGAUGGUGGGUUGACAGUUAAUGGUUUCUACCCAAUACUUUGACUUAAUUUUCCUUGUUUGAUGUAUAGAGCAUUAAGUGUUUUCUUCUUUUUCCUGUAAAUUAGUUUUGAAUUGAUAUCUUUGAGUUACUAAUGGUGAUAGAUUGUAUACACCAGUCAAACAUCUUCUAUUAAUAUACAAGCAAGAAAUUUAAGCAUGGUUCCAUGCAUGAUCCAUGCUGCUAGUUGUCUGGAAAA